UAAUAUUUUCUUUUUUGUGGAAUGGCUCUUUUGAUUUUUACUAGAACUUCUAUCUAUUUGUAAGAUCACUCUGAAAACAUAUUAGCGAUCUUAUCUAUUUUUGCCCCGUAUAAAAACCCUUGCAGAGGAAAUUCAAAUCAGUGGUUUUAGCCGAUUGACUAUACCAAAGUACAAAAUACCAACAUGAAGGGUCUAGCAGGGAUAAUUUUGUUCAUUUUCGUUGUUAGUGCCAGUUUUGAUCUAGGAUCUGCCACUAAAUGUUACUUGUGUUCUUCUACCAAAGGCGACGGAAAGGAUUGCGAAAUUAACGUUGAAAAGGCGAUUUUUGGAGAAUGUAUCGAUCCUACAAGUUACUGUAUAACAAUUACGGUAAAAGAUGUAAUAACCAGGACUUGCGCUCUAAAGAAUAUGUGCGAUAGAGUAGAAAGCUACAUCAGUUAUUGUAAAAUCUGUGACACAGAUCUCUGUAAUACCGACAGCGGCGUUUCUGUACCAGGCUACUCCACUUAGUUCCCUUGGCCUGUUCAGUUUUAUGAAACUGUUUGUGUAGAACACCCUUUACGCAUUACUAGUUGUUUGUUUGUUAAUAAAAUAAUUUUUAUAUAA